AUCAAGCCCAGUCGUCACGUGGCCACUCUGCUGCGCAUGCUUGCCGACUCCCGGGUACUCAGUGUUGGCGAACUGGACGAGCUGGUGGCCUUCAUUGCGGAACGUCGAGCUCGGCUCACUAGCCAGUACACCUCCGCCUUACCGGAAGGAAACAGGGUGGCUUUGGCCCUGACAAACAACUCGGGCCGAAUAUUCGCAACCACUUACGCAAUCUACAAUGGCAAGAGGCGGUGGUUGUUCUUCUUCUUGAAAUCUUGUCUCGGCGUUCGACCGAAUAACCAAAACUGGCUUCUUGAAGACCCGGCGAUGUAUCUCAUUAACGUCGGAUUCAAGCAGGAGUUCUGCCUUAAACUCGAGGGAACAGGUGUUGUCGUUUGA